UUUAGAUGAGUAAUGUUGCGGACGUAUUUGGAAUCAGCUUUCUGAAAGACUUGAUAGAAACGGGUCAUGCAAUUCUUGCCGAAAUAUUUCGCUUAGCUGAUUGUGUUCCGGAUGACUUCAAAAAUCCUGCCCGGAGUCGCUUCAAAGCAUUCAUUGUUGAUUUCUCGUAUUUUGACGAUCUUUCUGUUAUCGAUCGCUAUAUUGAUUCGCAUGAGCAAGGAGCACAACUGGAAGACGAAUAUUUAUUCACAUUUGAAAGACAUAUUAAACGCUUUGGUGCUCUUUUCGACGCUAUAGCGCAUUUUUUUGCUGAUUUAAUUGAAUAUUCAGAUAAUAAUCGACCUCGUCAUACCAUUUUUUCAGUACGUCGAACAGCAGCUUUUCUCAUAUUAUGUCAGCAUGAGGCAGAGGCACUGUUUAUUGCAGGCGUCAUUUUGUUGGCUUUGGAUGAGAAAUUUUCAAAUGGAGUGAGGCAAAGAUUGUUUGUUGCACAUUACAGGAGCAAUCCUUCGAGCAGUGAACUAUUCGAUCUUCUAGUUGAUGUUUUAAAGCCAGCAUCAAGUCAGGAAGAGCUUUUCGGAAGACUGCCGUUAAAUAAAGCUUUUGUUAGCAAUAUCCUUUUGGUAUUACACACGGACGUUUUGUUUCCUGAUGAGGAUGAACUUAUACCGCAUGAACUUUCCCGACGAGGCAUUCGUGCUUCACGUUAUCAACGUGCAUUUCUUUCUGUUUGUCUUUUCUUUCUUCCUACAUUAUUACAUUCGGAUCAUGUUGUUAUGCGCCAUAUUGUGGAUACAUUUUUCACCGAGGAAUGGGUAGUGCAUUUGCACAUGGGAAUAGUGAUAAAUAUGCACGAUGUUUGGGACCAUUAUAAAGCAGCAAGUAAUGCGCUGCAGCAUGCAAUUAGUAUACAAACAGUAAAACACUUGACUGCUGGCCACAUAUCUGCUCUGAAAGCGGCAUCCUUUCCACAUACUGCCAAGUUUUCAGUGGCUGAUGUCAUUUUAUUUGCUGAUUUAGUAGCUGCUUCAAAUAAGCACCUCGAAUGGGUUAUGUUGCAUGCCUAUAAGUCCGAGAAGUGCUGCAAACGUUCCGGACAGCUUUAUGACAUUGUGAACAAUCAAAUUGCAUCAUCUUCGCUUGAUUUGUUUAGUAAAGUGCUCGAAAUUUCAACCUUUGAAUAUGGUUAUAAAGAAAUAGCUCGAUCGCUUCUAGACAACAAGGAUAAGAAUGUCCGAAAACUUAAGGACGAAGUCUGUGAUCAUAUCAUACAAGUAGCCGAACUUUUUGCAAACGAAUUACCUUUGCAGAGGAUCAAGAAAAAUGAAAAGUUAAGAUCAUGGCUUCUGUUGCUGAAGAAAACUAUUGAAGAGUUGGAUAUUUUUAAUGCAGAUGCGUCUUCUUUGAUUUCAGAAUUGAAAAACCGACUGGACCAGGUGAGCGAUAUGCAUGAUCUGUCUGGGAUAGUUGCCGUAUCCCAAUAUCUGCAAAAUACCCAAAUUUUAUUGACCACAUUAUCGCACUAUUGCAUGUUGGAUGGAGCAUUUUUGAAAAAACUAGAAUCAGCAACAAAUUUUUCGUAUGGAUGGGCAAUCACUGACCAAUGGACUGAAAAUAUGAAAAGUUUGGUGAAAGUUGAUCCACUUCCAAUAUGUUCAUUGUUUGUCAAAAUGGCCAGCUCAAUUAAUUUAACAUUGGAACGUCUGAAUACACCUGAGAGGAUAUCGUCUAUAUCAGUGUGUUAUUCGCGUUUGAUUGAAGCAAAGUUGCGCAAAAUCCUUCAAGCUGUUCCACGUUCGCUGUUUGAGAUGUUGGAUAAAGUAGCUGGUCUACUGAACCCUCCGCAAGGACGUUCUGUGAAUAAAUCUGAUGUUCGUCAAUUUGCGGAUUCAGAACGUCGUUUGCAACUUGCAGCUAUUACACAUGCAAUCUCAAUGCUUUCUUCUGGUAUUUCAACUAUGCAAUUAACGUCACUUGGGUCACUUCGAGUGGAUCCAUCAAAUCUUCUUUUAGAUGGAAUCAGGAAAGAAUUAGUAAGUCAAAUUUGUGCAACAUUGCGGUCGCUGUUAACUUCUGAUUUGCUGCUGGACGAUUUUUUGACUAAACUGAAGAAUCAGUUUGCUCAUUUACGUGAAGCUUUUGUUUACAUGUGUGAACAUAUUGCUAUUAACGGAGCUGUAAUAUGGCACAAUGAAUUAGCUCGUAUAAUUGGUUAUAUGAUCGAGAAAGAAUGUAACGCUUUUCUUCAACAUCCUAUCACAGAAGAAGAGAGCUUAUAUCAGUCUAGAUCAGCGCCUAUUCCUAUUAUUCCGGCUUUUGAAGGAUCAUUAACUCCUCUACAUCGCUUGUAUAGCAGAAUUUUGAAUUCAUCAGAUCCAAAAUCAUCAUAUUUUGUAAAUUCGAUGAGGGUAUGGUGUGAUUUAAAAACUAAGAAAACAGUGUUAUCAAACGAAUCUCUAAGUGCUAUACAGGAAGCUCUUUCACCGAUGGGUGUAUAUGCGCUCGAUCGGAUUGCAUCAUUUCAUAUCGUGAAAUAUUUAUACACAUUAUGUGAACAACUUUCGGAAAUAUUAUGUCCUAUAAUGACUUCACUGUUAAAUGACAUUACACUGGUGAAAACUGUAGUGGUUGCUGGAAGACUGAAAAUUUUCGACUGUGCCUUGUCCAAGUUUUUGCCAAAUUCGUCACGAUUUAUUGGUACAGUCAGUAAGAUUGGUCAGUUACAGCUAUUGCGGCAGCAAAUAUUGGCUGUUAAUCAGUCAGCGUUACGACAACAUUCGUCGAAUAUCUUCAACGCAGUUGCUACACUUAACGAAGGUGUUGUUGGCGAUAUUCGUGGGCGUCGUGGUGGAUGUGAUGCGACAUUUCUCAGUGAAUUUUCGGUACUUUUAGAACGUUGCGCUAUAACAGACCCAUCGAUGAAAAUAUACAUAAGAAGAGAGACACCACAGCUGCUGAUACCUGCAAUGUUUCUUAUACUUCUAGCUGCGAUAAGCAAGUUCAAUGUGCUCAAAAAAGCCGAUUCAACGGAUAUCUCGGCAUUUUGCGCCGGUUUCGCGUGUAUAUUACUACAGUUUAAUGUUUUGCAAGAAUUUCUCGCCCUCUGCAACGUUUACAUAUCAGCGACUUUACUUACAACGCGAGGAAGCAUGAAACAACCGAUUUUUGUGCAUACUCUUCGCUUUAUAGCUCACUAUUCUUCAGUGCCACCAAAUGAAAUGGAAGAAUAUCUUUCGCUUUCGCUACAAGAAAAACUCUGACUUUCUAUGGGUUUAUGCAGA